CCGAGCGGAGAGAGGCGCGGAACGGAGGGGAGAGGCGCGGAACGGAAGAGAGAGGCGCGGAGCAUGCAGGGCGGGCGGAGCCCGGCGCGGCACGGGUCGCUGCAGCCCGCCCGCCGGCCGGCCGCGGGGCCAGAGGACGAGAUCGUUUCCAUGGCUGACUCCACCACCACCAUUGAUGACAUUGAAGGGGAGCUCUUCAAAAUUGAGAGGAUCAGGGAGAUCCUGGUGCGGAGGGAGUCGGAGCUGCGGUACAUGAUGGAUGACAUUCAGCUUUGCAAAGAAAUCAGCCGUCUGAAAAAGGAGCUUCAAGAACUCAUAGCCCUUCCAGAGAAUGAGAAGUCCAACGAGGAGAAGCAGAGGGAAGAGGAGCUUGUACAGCAGAUACACAAGCUUGUGGAAACACGGGAUUUCCUGGUGGACGAUGUGGAGUUUGAGAGGCUCAGGGAAAGGGAAGAAGACAAGGAAAUGGCAGAGUUUCUGCAAAGCAAGCUCUCCAAAAGCUACCUCCAGAAAGCAACUCCUAUCAAAGAGAAGAAAAUGACUUCCAGAGGGCAGCAAACCUCCGCACCGUACAUGACCAAAACGGGGCUCACCCUGCUCAAGGAGUGCUGUGGCUUCACCUGCUCCAUCAUGUAGGCCAGCCCUCAGCCCCUCUGCACAGGACAUGACCAUGGUCUCCAGCCAGAGUCCACAAUCUGCUCUCCUCUGAGACUUUCAGCCUCCCGCCAUUGUUCGUGCUUCCCACUGCAGUGCCACCACCGAAGACAUUUCUCAAGCAGGCUGCUGCAAGCUUGAAUGAUGGCAUGUGUCCUUGGUGCCACAUCAGUGGUCAUCUCCUCCAUGGCAUUAACAAACACUGAAUCCCACCUGAGUUCAGCUUGGAAGAGUUGUGUGCAGCAGUGGCAAGCGAGUCCGUGACAAAGGGGACAGAUUAAUAAAAGAAGCACUGGGACCUGUCUGGAGAACAUUGUGCUCCACCAUCCAAGGCAUGCCAUGGCCACGGAUGAUGUCUCAUCCUCAGCCUUGUGCCACCUUGUGAGUCUCUCUGAGAUGAUUCCUGAGGACACUUGCUGGAGAAUGUCUUUGGUCUGGGUUUCGUUUUGUUUGUGCUGUUUUUAUAGCAAGGUGCCCCAUGGCUCUGGGUAGAGCUGAGCAAAACUCUGGGCAGUCCUCAGAGUCGCCUGAAUGAAGGGCUACUUCUUGUGAAGUUAUCUUGUGAAGUUAGCACAGACCUGGUGUGUUGUACUCUGGGCAGAUGAGUUACUUUCUUCACCUCACUAUUACUGGGUUCCGUUUUCAGCUCCAAGAAAAUUGGGAAAAUUAGAGCAAAAGAGAAAAGGAGAAAAAUUCAUAAGAACAGGGCAACAUACAGAGGAAAAUUAAACCAAACAGAAGACCGGACAAGUAGCAGAAGAUGGAGACUGCAGGUGAGAGACAUUCUCGUUGCCAAGAGGGCAUUCAGUCCUGCCCUCUAGUGCCCCAGCAACAUCUUUGGGUUCGGCACCAAGAGCUGGACGUAAAAUCCUGUGCGAAAGACUGAUGGCCCCCUGAGGUCACCCAGUGUCUGAGUUCCUGUUGUCCUUUCUGAGCAUCCACUCACAUCGAGGUGGCACAGCCAGAGCUGGUAAUGUGCAUUGUGGCAGGAUGGAGGCUCUCUUUCUUGCUGGGUGUGAAGGACUCUUGCAUCCACCUUGCCUGUACUUAUGUCCUGUAGGAUGUUAUGGUUUCACUGAGCUUCCUGGAGUGGGCUUUCAUUUGGGUAGUUGCCCAAGAGCUCUGGUUGCUUUCUGGCCAAAAUGCUGAUUCUUCAGUCCUGCUGCGUCUUGCUGAAAGGUCUUGAGAUGGUGUUCCUCCCUGGGUCACUAUUGGGUAUGUCCGUGCAAGUGAGAUGGUCACAACCCAUCUGUCUCUUUCCAUGGCACCUGGUAGCACAUACGUCUUUAUAAAGCACAAUGCAGGUGGGAUCCUUCCCUGUGCAGUGCCAUAAGCAGGUCCUAGAUCCUCCUGUAUUUCUUUAUCAGCACUGCCAGAAAACCCAGUGUGUAGGAACCUCUCAUCUCUCCUUUGCAAGGGGGGUUUCCACUCACUUGUCCUUCCUGAGCAAUCUCCUCCUGUGGUUCUUACCAGCAGCCAGAAAAGUCUACAAACUAAACCAGUCUCUCUGCACAGUCACAGACCAGGGUGCAAGGCACGAAUGGGCUGACGUGGCACUUGGUUGUGUCUAGUAAAUUGACCCUGCUUUGGUUUGUCUCAUCUCUGAGUUGACUUCGGUGGUCUCAGUCUGACUCUUGCUUCCUUUGUGAUGCUUGUUGUUAAUGUCCUACAGCGUCCUACAGCCACAACCUGCCAGUUCCUGGUGCUCUCCUUGCUUGAGGAAGGCUUAGCUGCGGGUUAGAGGGAGCACCCUGUCAAUCACAGAGGCAAAUUAAGUCAUGGAGAGCUCCUCUCUUCUUCGCCAACCCUUUGUAAUGGAGUAAGGUGUUCUACGCAUCAGUGUCUGGUCAGCCACAAAGGGUGACAGGCCAUCAGCGGUAACAUCCAUCCUAAAGUUGAUGGGACAGCUUGGGCCACUCUCACUCCCUGCUUUUCCAGAACCUGUUCAGUGGCUGCUUUUCUUGGUCACUCUGCAGUCACACACCUGGUGCAAUAAAGGUGUCCGCUUUGAUCCACACAGACCAAGGGCUCAAGACGUAGAAGACCCUCUUCACCAUCCUUGCCUUUCCCAGGGUCUUCUUGGGAAGGCUGAAUAAAUGAGCAGUUUGGUUGGUCUGAGAGGGAGCCAAAGGCAAGGAAGGGCCCUUGUUUUAAAACUUGCUCCCCAGAUGCAUCCCUACCUCCUCCCCACGGGGCUCUAGGACCCAGACUCCACCUGCUGGGCAGGCUGGGAGGAUGGCUGGGGGAGAUGGGCAAGGUCCUGUACUGGUUGGUUUGGUGUUUGCUGGCAGUGUUGGUGUGGCUGGUCCUGGAGAAGGAGGCAGGCUGCUGUCCUGGUCACAGGAUACUGUUUGGUCUAUAUUUGAACUGAUGGCAAAGGUGCACAGCACACGGGA